ACGCAUGGGUUAAAAAUAUCUCCCAUAAGCAACUCACUGAUCAACAGAAACAAGUACUAGCCAAAGGAUUGAAUUACAACGCAGCUGACGCGAAGAAACUAGAUUUUAUCGCCGACCUCGAAUCAGCUUUGAAGGGUACUGAACUAACAGAUGACGCCAAAAACAACGUUUGCCAUCAAGUAACAACUAACCUUUUACACUCAAAACAUCCUGUCGACCUCACCAAACAAGAACGCGAAGCAUUGAAAGACAUUAAGAACGAUGAAGAUGUUAUUAUUCUACCCGCAGACAAAGGACGCAUGACUGUUGUCAUGGACAAAUUAGAUUAA